AUGGCCUUUGAUCAUGAGCUAGCUGCCAAGCUGGCAGAAAAAGCCAUCGCCGCUGCUCAGACUGGUGUCAAGAUGAACACCAACGAAAACGAAAUCUCUCAAUUGGUGCUCUCUAUUUUUGCAAUUGGACUAAACGCCAUCCCGGUCGUUGGGGGCGUCAUCAGCUCCGUUGCGACACUCCUUGGUCUCGCAAUAUUCCCUGCUCCGUCGGCCGACCCAUGGACCAAGGUCAGCGAGCGUGUCGAAACCUUGAUCGGCAAGAAGCUCGAGGAGCACCAAGUCAAGGCACUUCAGAGCAGGAUGGAGGGCUUCAAGCUCAACGCGAAUGAGUACGCCAAGGUCUGGAAGAUUUAUAAUGACGCCGCGCCGGACAAGAAGAAGGAGCAUGCCGAACUGCUCCGCACCCACCAUGUUGGGUUCCUCACGAUGAUGCGCGUCUCUAUUCCAGAGUUCCAAGUCGACACCUAUGCAGCGCUUACAUUGCCCUUGUUUGCGCAGGCAGCAAACCUGCAUCUGACGUUGCUGGCCGAUGGCAUCAAACAUGGUCUGGACUGGGGCUACCCGCAAGAGUACGUUGCCAACAUUAUGCCAGACGAGUUUAGACGAAUGACGUCUUCUGGUAAUGCGGCUCGAGACAUGGCUGCUAUUCAGAGUCGAGCAGAUAAUACAGAGCUCGAACUACUCAAGGGCGCAAUCGAGGCAGCCGAACGUCUCGGCGUGGCCCCUGAGCUCAUUGCAAUGUGGAAAGAGGCUUAUAGCACAUUCAUUGAGCAAUUCGCCACCAGAGCUAAGCGUAGUACUUUGGACUAUGUCUCUCACGCCAAAAGGUACUACACCGAGGGUCGAAAGCAGGUCAAGCCUUAUGAAUGGGUCAAGGACGCUGGCAAGCCACACUAUGGAAACGGCUAUUCCGAAGGCUUGGCUCUGCAGACGUAUGCCGACUAUGAUUUGGAAAUGCUCGAAAACGUUUUAAACUAUGCCGAGUUCUGGCCGUACCUGACUGGCGAGUCAAAGAUGCCAGAGUCAUCCUUGCUGAACCUCGACCGAGAGGUUUUCCGCGGACCCUACAUUCGCUACACAGAAAAUGCGCCCUGGAGCGCGACUAGCCCUCCGCCCGUCACCAAGCGGACCGACAGAAUCACCGCUGUUAGUCUCUGCGUCUCGGAGGACGUACGCAGCCUGCAGGUCAAGUACGGCGACACCUGGGGGCCCAAGUUUGGCGAGUGCAGAAAACCGGACAUAGAGUCACGAAGUUUUGAGUUGCAGCCUGACGAGUACAUUGAAAACGUCGAUAUUGUCUAUGGUCACAAGCUCGGUCAGCUACAAUUUACUACGAACAAGGGCACUGUGCAUGGGCCGUAUGGAGACCCGCGUCACGCUGAUGUAUCGCUUGCUGUCAACCAUACAGGCUACGCUUUGACCAGCAUGUACAGCACCCAUUACGAAAGAAACGAUCCAGAGGGAAUCGAGGGCAUCUUUUUUGGAUUCAGGCCUCUUCUGACCGCCAAGACGGAUUAA